UGCGCUGUCGUUGUCUAUAAAAAGGGGUCGCUGCUUAUUGGCCGACGCAUUACAAAGCGAAAACUCGAAAAAGGAACUUUACUAGCGUGUGACUCUUCAGAGUUGUUUGUUGAAGAUAAUAUUUAUUGUGUUUUAUUAAGAAAAAUUCUAGUGACUAGGACAAAAUGCAGAUCUUUGUGAAGACGUUGACGGGUAAAACCAUCACCUUAGAAGUUGAGCCGUCGGAUACUAUUGAGAACGUGAAAGCCAAGAUUCAGGACAAAGAGGGUAUCCCUCCAGAUCAGCAGCGUCUCAUCUUCGCUGGUAAGCAGCUGGAAGACGGCCGCACACUCUCUGAUUACAACAUCCAGAAAGAAUCAACCCUCCACUUGGUACUUCGUCUGCGCGGCGGUAUGCAGAUCUUUGUAAAGACGCUGACUGGCAAAACCAUCACCCUUGAGGUUGAGCCUUCAGAUACUAUUGAGAAUGUUAAAGCCAAGAUCCAGGAUAAGGAAGGUAUCCCCCCAGACCAGCAGAGACUGAUCUUUGCAGGCAAGCAGUUGGAAGAUGGCCGCACCCUUUCAGAUUAUAACAUCCAAAAAGAAUCCACUCUUCACUUGGUUCUUCGUCUCCGUGGUGGUAUGCAGAUCUUUGUGAAGACCUUGACCGGUAAAACUAUCACUCUUGAAGUUGAGCCUUCAGACACAAUCGAAAAUGUAAAAGCCAAAAUCCAAGACAAGGAAGGCAUUCCCCCAGACCAGCAACGUCUCAUCUUUGCCGGUAAACAAUUGGAAGAUGGCCGCACACUCUCUGAUUACAAUAUCCAGAAGGAAUCUACUCUCCACUUAGUGCUCCGUCUCCGUGGUGGUAUGCAGAUUUUUGUUAAGACCUUAACUGGCAAAACUAUCACCCUUGAAGUUGAGCCUUCAGACACGAUUGAGAAUGUUAAGGCUAAAAUUCAAGACAAAGAGGGUAUCCCCCCAGAUCAGCAACGUCUCAUUUUCGCCGGUAAACAAUUGGAAGAUGGCCGCACACUCUCUGACUACAAUAUCCAGAAGGAAUCCACUCUUCACUUGGUGCUCCGUCUCCGUGGUGGUAUGCAGAUCUUCGUAAAGACCCUGACUGGCAAAACCAUCACCCUUGAGGUUGAGCCUUCAGACACUAUUGAGAAUGUCAAGGCUAAAAUUCAAGACAAAGAGGGUAUUCCCCCAGACCAGCAGAGGUUGAUCUUUGCAGGAAAACAGCUUGAGGAUGGACGCACACUAUCUGACUACAACAUCCAAAAAGAAUCCACUCUUCACUUGGUUCUUCGUCUCCGUGGUGGUAUGCAGAUCUUCGUAAAGACCCUGACUGGUAAGACUAUCACGUUAGAGGUUGAGGCUUCAGACACAAUUGAAAAUGUAAAAGCCAAAAUCCAAGACAAGGAAGGCAUUCCCCCAGACCAGCAACGUCUCAUCUUUGCCGGUAAACAAUUGGAAGAUGGUCGCACACUCUCCGACUACAAUAUCCAGAAGGAAUCCACUCUUCACUUGGUGCUCCGUCUCCGUGGUGGUAUGCAGAUCUUCGUAAAGACCCUGACUGGCAAAACCAUCACCCUUGAGGUUGAGCCUUCAGACACUAUUGAGAAUGUCAAGGCUAAAAUUCAAGACAAAGAGGGUAUUCCCCCAGACCAGCAGAGGUUGAUCUUUGCAGGAAAACAGCUUGAGGAUGGACGCACACUAUCUGACUACAACAUCCAAAAAGAAUCCACUCUUCACUUGGUUCUUCGUCUCCGUGGUGGUAUGCAGAUCUUCGUAAAGACCCUGACUGGUAAGACUAUCACGUUAGAGGUUGAGGCUUCAGACACAAUUGAAAAUGUAAAAGCCAAAAUCCAAGACAAGGAAGGCAUUCCCCCAGACCAGCAACGUCUCAUCUUUGCCGGUAAACAAUUGGAAGAUGGCCGCACACUCUCUGAUUACAAUAUCCAGAAGGAAUCUACUCUCCACUUAGUGCUCCGUCUCCGUGGUGGUAUGCAGAUUUUUGUUAAGACCUUAACUGGCAAAACUAUCACCCUUGAAGUUGAGCCUUCAGACACUAUUGAGAAUGUCAAGGCUAAAAUUCAAGACAAAGAGGGUAUUCCCCCAGACCAGCAGAGGUUGAUCUUUGCAGGAAAACAGCUUGAGGAUGGACGCACACUAUCUGACUACAACAUCCAAAAAGAAUCCACUCUUCACUUGGUUCUUCGUCUCCGUGGUGGUAUGCAGAUCUUCGUAAAGACCCUGACUGGUAAGACUAUCACGUUAGAGGUUGAGGCUUCAGACACAAUUGAAAAUGUAAAAGCCAAAAUCCAAGACAAGGAAGGCAUUCCCCCAGACCAGCAACGUCUCAUCUUUGCCGGUAAACAAUUGGAAGAUGGUCGCACACUCUCCGACUACAAUAUCCAGAAGGAAUCUACACUCCACUUGGUGCUCCGUCUCCGUGGUGGUAUGCAGAUCUUCGUAAAGACCCUGACUGGCAAGACCAUCACCCUUGAAGUUGAGCCUUCAGACACUAUUGAGAAUGUCAAGGCUAAAAUUCAAGACAAAGAGGGUAUUCCCCCAGACCAGCAGAGGUUGAUCUUUGCAGGAAAACAGCUUGAGGAUGGACGCACACUAUCUGACUACAACAUCCAGAAGGAAUCCACCCUGCAUUUAGUUCUGCGUCUGCGUGGUGGUAUGCAGAUCUUCGUAAAGACCCUGACUGGCAAGACUAUCACCUUAGAGGUCGAGCCUUCAGACACGAUCGAAAAUGUAAAAGCCAAAAUCCAAGACAAGGAAGGCAUCCCUCCAGACCAGCAACGUCUCAUCUUUGCUGGUAAACAAUUGGAAGAUGGGCGCACACUCUCUGACUACAACAUCCAGAAGGAAUCCACCCUGCAUUUAGUUCUGCGUCUGCGUGGUGGUAUGCAGAUCUUUGUCAAGACCCUGACAGGCAAGACGAUCACACUUGAAGUUGAGCCUUCAGAUACUAUUGAGAAUGUUAAAGCCAAGAUCCAGGAUAAGGAAGGUAUCCCCCCAGAUCAGCAGAGGUUGAUCUUUGCAGGCAAACAGCUCGAGGAUGGGCGCACUCUGUCUGACUACAACAUCCAGAAGGAAUCUACCCUGCAUUUAGUUCUGCGUCUGCGUGGUGGUAUGCAGAUCUUUGUCAAGACCCUGACUGGCAAGACCAUCACACUUGAAGUCGAGCCUUCAGACACUAUUGAGAAUGUUAAAGCCAAGAUCCAGGAUAAGGAAGGUAUCCCCCCAGAUCAGCAACGUCUUAUCUUCGCCGGUAAACAAUUGGAAGAUGGCCGCACGCUCUCUGACUACAAUAUCCAAAAGGAAUCCACCCUCCACUUGGUACUGCGUCUUCGUGGUGGUAUGCAGAUCUUCGUAAAAACCCUUACCGGCAAGACUAUUACCCUAGAGGUUGAGCCUUCAGACACAAUUGAAAACGUGAAAGCCAAAAUACAAGACAAGGAAGGCAUUCCCCCAGACCAACAACGUCUCAUCUUCGCCGGAAAACAAUUGGAAGAUGGCCGCACGCUCUCGGACUACAAUAUCCAAAAGGAGUCCACCCUUCAUCUUGUACUUAGAUUGAGAGGUGGCAUGUAAUAACCGACACUGCCUGUUCACUGUUCAUUCCAAAUAUAACUUGCUAAACAGGUGAAAUAAAGUUUUGUCAUUGACUGAA